AACUUCAACAAGAACAAUGCAAAGGCCACCAUGAGCGAUGAGAAAGCAUAAAUCCCAAGAACAGAAUCCUAUUUGCAGCCCUUUUAGUAACCCUGCGUAGACACAAACCCAAGCCUUUCCUCAUCGUCACCUACAUGAGCUCGGUACUAUACUAGUCCGCCAAGCAAGCACUAAAGAAAGACAAAUAAAUAUUAUUCAGAAUGAUCUGCCGCCGAACAGUCCGAUUUGCACUCUUGGCACUCCUGGCCAUGGCCGUGGCCAUGUGCUGCAUGGAUACCGCUCAGUUUGCCGCCGUUGCAUCCGAAGAAGGAGAAUGCGUGACCAAUGAGGAUGGAGAAUGUAUCAAUCCGGAUGCCGUUGCAGAGGAAGAAGCCGAGCCGGAACCAGCUGUGGAAGAAGAAGCUCCCGCCGAGCCAGAAGAACCGGCCGAACCUGCCGAAGAAGAGACGACAACCACCGAUGAAGCACCCCCAGCAGAGGAAGAACCAGCUGCUGAGGAGGAAGUAGAGGCAGUUACCGAUGAAGUAGCUGAAGAAACAACCGAGGAGGAGGAACCACCAGCUGCCGAGGAAGCUCCCGUAGAAGAGGAAGCUCCUGUAGAAGAGGAACCUGCAGUAGAGGAGGAAGCUCCUGUAGAAGAGGAAGCAGCACCCGUGGAGGAAGAAGCUGCUCCCGUGGAGGAAGAAGCUGCUCCUGUGGAGGAAGAACCAGUAGAAGAAGAGCCGGCACCCGUAGAGGAAGAAGCUCCAGUGGAAGAAGAACCAGCACCUGUGGAGGAAGAACCUGUUGUCGAAGAAGAGACCCCAGCAACAGAAGAGGCCACCCCCGAAACCACUGAAACGGCAACCGAUGAGGAAGAAGAAAAUACACCCAACUGCCCCUCUCGAAAGCUUGUUAUCAAAUGUGCUGGUGAAUACUUGGAUACCAACAAAAAUGGCCUCCUGGAACGAUCCGAACUCCAGACAGCCAUCGACAAGCUGCCAUGGUGGGGUCGUGGUAUUUUGCAGAUCCUGGGCAGCGUUGACAAAAUGAUGCAAAAGUGUGAUGUCGACAAGGAUGGUGCCAUUGGCAUGGGAUAUGAUAUGGAACACAACAAGGAUCAAUGUUUGGCCACUUGCUUCAAACGAAGAGCCUUCAAGGCGUCUUUUUUCCCAGACUGCGAAGCUUAAUUAAAAAGCUACUGGCAGCACCGUUCCUUGUGGACGAGUACCCCUUGAUCCUUUCGAUCCAAUGCCGGCAAAAAUCGUGGGAUAACCCCACAUCCUAUCUGUUUCUUUCGAGGCGUGGGUGGCACGGCCUCUUUUUGUGUUUCUUACAUAGCAAUGUACUUUCUGUCUCUGUUUUAAAAAAUCAUGCUAUAACAUGUGGUGUAGUCUAUCCAAAGUUCAAGUUCAGAG